AUGCGGGCGCUGCCCCCGCGCUGGGGGCCUCUGGCGCUGCGGGCGGCGGGCGGGUGGUGGGGGCCGCCCGUCCCCCGCCGCGGCUACGGCGGCUCCACCGAGGACGGCGACCGUAAGCCCCUUCAGGAGUGGGCGCUGGCGGUCAGCCCGCGAGGGCGGCUGCGGGUGCGGCUGCCCUGCCAGGUGAGCGUCCGUCCCCUGGACCCGCAGCGCUACCCGGACGCGGACCGUGUGCUGGUGUCGGUCAGCGGCGCCGGCGGCAGCCCCCAGCCCCGCGGCCCUCAGCGGGACCGCCUCCGGGUGGAGUACGACGAGGCGCUGGGGCAGAUGGCGAUCGUCGCGGACGGCGUGGACAGCAAGGCCGCCGUGGAAGUCAGGACGCCCGUGAAGUUCGAUUUGGAUAUCAAAACAUCAGGGACUGGCUGUGUGAAGAUUCAGAAAAUGGAAUGUGAUAACUGCAAAAUAGAAACGGAGAAGGGGACUAGUGUCUUGCAGUCAAUAAAGAGCCAUAAAAUUGAUAUACAAACAAAUGGUGGCAAAGUAAUUGGUCUUGGAACACUUUAUGGAGACACAGAUAUUCGUGCAACAGAGAAGGGUAGUGUGAAUAUAGAGAAGCUGCAGGGGACAUCCAUCAACAUAUCUACUGAGGAUGGGCUGCUGAAAACUAAAUAUCUUUAUGCAGAAUCAUCAUCUCUGUCUUCAGUAGCUGGUGAUAUUAUGCUGGGAAGUAUUCAUGGUAACACCAGCCUUCAGACCAAAACGGGGAGUAUCUCAGUUGAUUCAUCAGAUGGAAGUCUAAAAGCUUCUACACAUCAUGGGGCAAUAGAUGUUUAUGUCAGUCAAUUAAGAAAAGUGGAUCUGAAAUCCCAGAAAGGUUCUAUUACAGUCAAGGUACCUGCCUCUCUCAAAGCCUAUCUACAGUUGUCUGGAAGAAAGGUAGAUGUGAGCUCAGAGAUCCAGCUAAAAGAAACACAGAGUGCCUACAAAGAUGAUCAUGUAACUAUAAGUGGUCACAUGAAUCAAAGGAAUGAAAUGGACAAAUGGAUUAAGGCAGACACACAAAAUGGCAAAGUAUAUCUUAAAAGCCAAAGCUGGAUCCAGUCCAUCAAGCUGAAGAGUUCCUAAAUGGUGGAAUAGGCCAAAGAUUAAAUCAAGAAAUAUUAAAGGAAUGUUUCUGUAAAGCUAUAGAGCUUUUGCUUAUCUGUAUUCUUAACUUAAGAAAGACACAAUAUUAAAAAUGAAGAUAUUUUAACCGAAGAUUUGCCCAUGACAGUGGUGGGUGCUUAAAUGUUCUGGUUCAUUUUUAGUGCCUUUUGGGAAUGACAAGAUCUUACUCAGAAUUUGCCACUUACCUUGUCUGUAAAAGCUGGUAACUUUCUCACAAAAGUUUGGAGUAAUUU